AUGAAGGAAGAAUCACAUGAUCAGGUAGUUCAUACUCUAGAUAAAAUGUUGAAAGAUGUGCCUGAAAUCAUUACAAUCUUGGCCAAUAUCAGUCAGAAUGGUGCAGCCGCAGAAAUAGUGACAAUAGAAGAGACCUAUGCCAGUUUGAAAAAUGCUCUGAAAGAACGUUUUGAUAAUAAACGCUUAUGCGUUCAAAGCCAUUUCAAUGACAUUUUGACUUUAGAAAUCCAUACAUCCGACUCAGCAAAAGCUUUACGAGCUUUUGUGGACAAUUGUAUUAAACAUGUUCGAGCGCUUAAAAUUAUGGGUUUAGAACAAAACUCUUUUUCUGAAUCAUUAUUGAUCAAUAUUUUGAUGAAAAAACUAGAUAGAGAAUCAAGAAGACAAUUUGAACUUUCUUUGGUAUCAUCUAAUUUACCUACAUGGUGCGAAUUCAUUGAAUUUUUAGAGAAAAGGUGUCUUGUUCUUGAAAACAUUCAAGGGAGCAUUACCGCAAAAUCAAAACCGCAACAAGAAUCCAAUAAAAAAUCUCAUUCAUUUUUUGUAGGAAAUAAUUCAAAGAAAGUGUGUGUCGCAUGUAAUAAGCCUUUACACCCUUUAUUUAAAUGUGAAGCAUUUUUAAAAUUAAAUCCCGUGUCUAGAUUGAAUAUGAUCAAAAAUACGCAUUGUACUAAUUGUUUAUCGGAUUCUCAUAAAACGAAUCAUUGCCGCAGCAAUAACCGUUGUAAGAUCUGUUCUGGCUUUCAUAAUAGCCUUCUUCACGUUGAUUCUUCUAUAAGAAAUAAAAAACAACAGCAACAAACCUCAACCAAUAAAUCUAGUGAUCAUCAAAAUACUUCAGACUCUAACUCAAAUGCUUUAGCUCAAACAGAAAUAUCUCCUUCUCUCUGUUCGCAAGAUCGAAAGACAAAAAAUGCAAAUUCAUCUAUUUUGCCUACUAUUAUUGUUUAUAUUAAAAACGCCGCUGGUCAGAAAAUACCUUUGCGAGGCAUCUGUGACACUGGGUCUCAGAAUUCCUUUAUAACUACAGAAGUCGCGAAUAAAUUAGCUCUUAAAAAAUAUAAAAAUAAUGUAACGAUUUCCGGUAUCAAUGGAAAAACAAGUCAGUUACAUUCAAAAGUGUUAGCAGAGAUUUCAAAUAGCGAUGAAUCAUACGUUACAAUAGCUCAGUUGCUCGUCAUUCCAAAAAUUACUGAAUAUAAUCUGAUUUUACUGAAUUUGCGUUUCGGAUUUAUUGAUAGCUCUGCAAAAGAAGGAGAGUCAGAAUUUAAUCAUAAAUUCUGUGGUCUUGUUACGCAGAAUGAUAAUUUAGAAAAAAUAAUAGAACGAUUUUGGCAAGUCGAAACAUUACAUGAAAAUAAAUUUUCUUUAAGUGAAGACUCAAUUUAUUGUGAGGAACAUUUCAAGCAAACAUAUAAACGCAAUGAGGUAGGUAGAUAUAUUGUGGAAAUGCCAAUAAAGGAGAAUCCUCCUGUGUUAGGUGAAUCAAAACAAAUAGCGCGAAAUCGUCUAGACAGUUUAAUUACAAGGCUAAACAAAAACCCGCAAAUGAAAAAGCUCUAUUCUGAAUUCAUUGAGGAAUAUGAAGCUCUUGGCCACAUGGAAAGAGUAAUGGAAGAUGAAUUACCAGAAACUAAUUAUUUUUUACCUCAUCAUGGAGUCUACAGGGAAGGAUCUACAAGCACCCCUCUAAGAGUAGUCUUCAAUGCUAGCUCCCCUAGCUCUAAUGGAGUUUCAUUAAAUGAUUUAUUGUGUAAAGGUGAUGUUGUUGAGGACAUUUUUGAAUUAAUAUUAAGGUUCAGGACACACAAGUUUGCCUUUACAUUUGACAUUCAAAAGAUGUUUCGUCAGAUUUUAGUUGCGCCACAUCAAAGAGACUAUUUACGAAUUUUAUGGUUUGAUGAAAACUCUCAUCAAGAAGUAACAUUUAGAUUAAAAACUGUGACAUAUGGCAUUUCAUGUGCACCUCAUCUUGCCAUACGCACCAUUAAACAAUUAGCUUUAGAUGAAGCGUCGAACUUUCCGUUAGCAUCGGAAAUGGUUUUACGCGACCUUUACAUGGAUGAUGGGAUUAGAGGCGCCCCGGAUAUCCAAACUGCUCAAAUUCUACAACAACAGCUGAUAAAAAUGUUCGCAAGACCAUGA